AGCCAUGGAGCUGGCAGACGAGCAGCCCAACGCCACCGAGUUCUGGUUCUCCCCGGCUUCCCCGUUCGACAACUUCUCCGUGGAGGCACCUGCCAACGCAUCGCAGAACGCCACGGGCCACCAUUUUGACCUGACCAGCAAUGCCAUCCUCACCUUCAUCUAUUUUGUGGUCUGCAUCAUAGGGCUGUGUGGCAACACGCUGGUGAUCUACGUCAUCCUGCGCUACGCCAAGAUGAAGACCAUCACCAACAUCUACAUCCUGAACCUGGCCAUCGCGGAUGAGCUCUUCAUGCUCGGGCUGCCCUUCCUGGCUAUGCAGGUUGCGCUGGUUCACUGGCCCUUCGGCAAAGCCAUCUGCAGGGUUGUCAUGACAGUGGACGGGAUCAACCAGUUCACCAGUAUCUUCUGCCUGACGGUCAUGAGUGUUGACCGGUACCUGGCUGUUGUCCAUCCCAUUAAAUCUGCCAAGUGGAGGCGGCCUAGGACAGCCAAACUGAUCAACGUAGCUGUAUGGGGGGUCUCCCUGGUGGUGAUAAUGCCCAUCAUGAUUUAUGCUGGGGUGCAGCAAAACCACGGCAGGAGCAGCUGCACCAUCAUCUGGCCGGGGGAGUCCGGCGCGUGGUACACAGGCUUCAUCAUCUACACCUUCAUCCUGGGCUUCCUGGUGCCUCUCACCAUUAUCUGCCUUUGCUACUUGUUCAUCAUCAUCAAAGUCAAGUCCUCAGGGAUCAGAGUGGGCUCCUCCAAGAGGAAAAAGUCGGAGAAGAAAGUCACCAGGAUGGUCUCCAUCGUGGUCGCUGUCUUCAUCUUCUGCUGGCUCCCCUUCUACAUCUUCAACGUCUCCUCCGUGUCCGUCCUCAUCGUGCCCACGCCCGUCCUCAAGGGCAUGUUUGACUUUGUCGUGGUGCUCAGUUACGCCAACAGCUGUGCCAACCCCAUCCUGUACGCCUUCCUGUCCGACAACUUCAAGAAGAGCUUCCAGAACGUCCUCUGCCUGGUCAAGGUCAGCGGGAUGGACGACGCAGACCGGAGCGACAGCAAGCAGGACAAAUCCCGGCUAAACGAGACCACGGAAACCCAAAGGACCCUGCUCAAUGGAGACCUGCAGACGAGCAUCUGAGAGGACAACGGGGUUGUCCAUCAUUUGCUCUCCUUCCUACUUGCUCCCGACUCCGCAGCAGGGCCUGGCACACACCACGUCCGGGCAGGAGCGCCAGCUCUUCCCUGCCCAGCCGGAGGACGGUGGGUGCUGCCCGGCGGGCUCCUGAACCCGGGCUGGAUCCCGAGCUGCCGGCAGGUUGGUUUGCAAGCCCAGGGAAGGAUCCAGAAGAUGCUGCCUCACCAGAGACGCAAGGAACCUGCAGACACCCCCAGGC